CAUGUUGUGUGUUCAUUAAAGUGUUGUAGCUGUACGUAUUGUAUGUGGGUCAAAUAAAGUGUCAUUUACACAUCGGAUUUUCGUAGCAUAUGAGAAUAUAUCCAUUUGAAGGCGUAUUUCUGCAGUUGCCUUUUUGUGUGCGUUUUUCAAACAAAGACGUAAAGACAAUAAAAGAACAAAAGCACUUGAAGUCAUUAACCUGUUUUGCCGUGUUCACCCAGUUUAGAUGCAUUAAUUUUGCUUCGGCGCUUUGUCUAAACAGAGGUGUAUAUCUGCAGUCGCCUUAUUGUGUCCGUUUUUCAAUUAACAAAAAAACAAAGAGCUUUACUGUAUAUCCUUGGAUCUAUGCAAUGAUGAGUUUAAUGAUAUGGUGGUUAUUGUGGCUGUUAUUUGGUCAAGGAUUCACAAUGAAAAUGGGUUGGAAUGAAGAACUUGAGUUUUGUGAGGAAGAAUGGAAGAAAUUUGUGGCGGACAAAAUUGAAAUCGAUUCGAAAUGCAACAAUACUCGUACACGUUGUUGUGUUGAGGAGAAGAAAUAUCUUUUGGAGCGAUUUAAAAUGUUUAGUGAAAUAUGUCCACUCGAAGGGACAUGUGGAUGCAGCCCGUUUAUUUUAAACUUUACUGUUUUGUCACACAUCUAUCAUGAUUAUAAUCGUCUUUUACGAAAAGCUAUAUUCGAAAAGGGGAAAGAACCAGGAAACUUCACGUGUUCACAUAAGUACAUAAAUGAAAGAGUAGAAGAGUAUGAUCCUAUAGGUUGGACUUACUUUAAAAUCGGACAAUACGAAAUCCCUUACAACAAGUAUGUUGUAUACGGUGGAAAAAAUUACACUUGUUAUGUUGUCUUUAACGUUAGCAAAAAACCACAAGGUACGUGCAAGGGCAGUUCAUUUUAGUUUCUCCUGUGUCAGUUUAAUUUAUAGUACACCAAUUUGAUUAUAAUGCUUUAUAUUCAACUUUGCUCAAAUCCAUACGACACUUUGACCUAUAUUUAAUUCAUCAUGUACGUAUACUCUUAAGUCAAUUUCUUUGCAGUUGCAAAGCUAAUAGAAUACACCCCGGAACA